UCAUGUCACUGUAAAAUAAAGCUUUAUCUUCUUGCUUCACAGAAGAUCUUUGAGACAGUAUAACAGGCUUUUUGCACAGAAUUCAGAACCCAAUCGUCCAGUUAGGCUAUCCUAAAAUAUUACUUUUUCUCCCUGCUCUGUUUAUAAAAAGCAACUGAAACAGCAUUGUAAAACCAGGGGAAAACAAUAAAAAAGGUUUUUUUUUCCUGCUACACGAAGAGAAAAUGUCUAGAAAGACUUUUUCAAAUGGGAACUAAAGAGUUUCAGACAGUACGGGUGGGUGCAGCCGCGCUCGGCACGUUCCAUUAGCCGGCGCUGGACCGCCGGAGCGGUCCCGUUGGAAAACUCCCGGAGGAGCGGGCGGACGCGCUGCCCAGCAAUCCCGUGGCCUUGGCACACACUCAGCGUCCGCUCAGGUUUCCCAGCGGCAUCAGGGCAGUUCUGCUGUGCUCUCGGGGUUCGGGAACUCCUGCCUGGGUGUGGAGUAUCCAGUGUUUGUCCUGCCGGGCCGCCUGCAGAGGUUGGCUGGGAGCGGGGAUGACGCGUGUGGUGUUAAGCAGUUACUGCUGGGAAAGGAACGGGACCUUUAACAGUGAGCACCGAGUACCGCGCCCUGCCUGCGAGACCGCCGCUUUUGCUGGCACUUGAGUACAGCACUGGGAUGCAUUCGGUGCAUUUUUUAAACAGUAGUUCUGUGACCAAAUGUAGAAAAUUUGACCAGAGGGCUUUGAGCACUGACCAGCACAUUCCAAGCCUAGUGAUUCAUGUUUAUAGUUUACAACCGAGGCUGCAGGUUUGAAGUUCAGCUGAGUGUUAGCCUUUUGUGCAACUGCCUUGCUGUGUCGUUUUUUAAAACUUGAGAGAAGGAAUUGAGUAGUUCACUAUUUGACAAGUAAUUAAAAGAGCUCGCUGGAUUUGAUGCUUAUUUGAGCUGACAGAAUAGAGGAGUGUUGCAUAGCUGGCAGAUUAGCAGUUCUCUGUGGAUUGAUACCUGCUGGUAACUGCUGCUUUAUUUGCCCAGCGUGGAUUCUGGGUGAGUUCAGACAGGCGAAGGAGUCUGGUAAUGGUGUGCAACUGUGCAACCCCUACAAACCAAAAAUUUUAAAGAUUUUUGUCUAAGCUGAUGAUGACACAGGCUGUGGGCACUGCCUGCAUCCCAAAAGAUCCAGCUGUUGAGAUGCCAUUAUAUGAGUUCCUCUCUCAUGAGCUGUUUGAUGAGCAGUUUUUGUUCCUUUCUUCAUGGAAAGCAAGCAAACUCAGAGUGGAUUUUUCAUUUCAACCUUCUUACAUUGUAGGAAUUGUAUGUUACUUGUGGGGCAGCCACAGCAGGGAUGGCACCUGGCCAGGCAUGUCAGCAUCUCAGCAGUACCCAGAUAUUGGCAUCCUGGUGAAUGUAAUGAGGGGAACUUAAAAGAAACUUCUUACUCAACUGCACACAGUUAUUUUAAGAAGUGGAGAAAAAGAAAAAACUUUUAACACCAGUGCUUUUUCCUUCCUGGAGAGGAAUCUCUCUUGCCCCACACUUUUUGUUUUGGACUGAAGAGUAAUACUACCCACUGCAUCAGGCUGUAGAACAUUUCAGUGUCUGGGUUUUUUUAGGGAGCAGGUCAGCUGUUUAGCUAGGUACAUGCUUCCAUAGAAUAAUGAUUACUCAGUUGAGAAUAUAAUAAUUCCUUCAAAGUGUUUUGAGGGAUAAAAUUGAAUUCUACUGGAAGAGCUCUUGGGUUACUGCCCUUAUCCUUUAUCCUGAAGGGAAGAGCACUGAAGUGAAUGUGAUAAGAUGUGUUUUCUGUGUCUCUGCAAGGGUGAAGUUUGCACAGCAGGAGAUGGGAUGGGAUGGGACCAGCAGUGCCAAACAAACUCUCCCCACACUUCUGUGAACACACGUGUUCAGUGUGAAAAAUAAUGUUGUCUUGGUCUGAUGAAGCUUUCUUUUGAAACAAUGUUGUCGAUUUAGCUUGUUGCUGUUCAAAAUUAAGUAUUUACUGGUGGUAAUUUCUAAUUUCACUUCCUGCUGAAUCGAGAAGUAGCUCCCCUGUGUUCCUUAUUGCUUUUCUUUGAAUUUUGAUAUGAUUUUGGCUAACUGCUUUCAUCAUUUUAUGAUACAGAUGGCAUCAUUUUUGUUGUGUAGGAGUUUCUUGUGCCAGCCAAAGACUAAAUGAUAUUUUAAAUAGGAAAACAAAAAGAGUUGGCACAAGGCUCAUGGAGGAAGGAGUGUGUUUUGAGUGCUUUUACUGAGUCUAAAUUUUCCUUCUUUCAAUUAGCUGGGUUUUUUAGAAAUAUGCCAUAUAGAAGUUUUCUUCUUGAGAAAAGUACUCUUAAUGCAGGAUCUUCAGAGGUCUUUCUAGGGAGUAUCUGUAAUAUUUGGAGUUGAAGACCAAUCGAAAUAUACAAUUACUGCUUGAAUAUUUUCCUUUUGAGGUCUGAGUGGGAUGCUGUUAGCUAGUUAAUUCUAGCUUUUCCUGCUGUUCCUCCCACUCCUCCUUAUUCCUGUUACAAUACAAGCCUUUCCCUCAGAGCAACAGUGCUCUUUUUGAUAUACUCUGUUAGCCACACAAUUUUCAUGGUGCUUAGAAGACUUUGGAAACAAGGAGGGGCUUUUUUGUUUGUUUUCAACCCAGAUUUAGCAGAAAGCAGAAGUGAAAUGGAACUACUAGAGCCAGCCCCAAAAUUGUUCUGAGUAUUUGGUUAUCUUGAGGUGAGGUGUAUCUGAUUUCACUUUUUGAACCAGAGCUCUCUUAACAAUCCAAACCCACCCACAGAAGAUUCAGAAAAUCUAUGUUCUGUAGGGUUAAAGAGAACAAUUUUUCUGUACAUUUAGAAUGCUUAGAUAGAAACAUUGCAGCCUUUGGUCUUUAAAAAUCAAAACAGCUUCCUUUACUACUCCUGUUUUGUAUUUUGGUUCUACUGGAUGCAAAAACUGUGAAGUACUGAAAGUCACAUAACAGACACAUAACACUUCUUUAAUACCCAAUUCUCAAGAUGGCCCUAAAACUGGCUUAUUUUGUGUGUAUCUGGUUAUUUGUAGAAGAAUGUCCAUGACCUGUUUCCUUAAGGGAGUGAUUUGAGAUGGAAAGAGACUUCUGCAGGUGGAUGUUUGUGUCUGGCAGGGGUUGUAAAAUAGAAGGACAUUCCUUUCCAUUUGUUUUGUUCUGGACACUAAGAGCAGAAAAGGAUUUUUGGCCCAACAGUCCAGAACUCUUAGCAGCAGCUGCUGCACUGCAGAAUUGAAGCUGGGAGUUAUCUCCUCCUCCUCCUCCUCUCCGCCCCACUCCUCCUCCCAGCGUUGCAUUCGGGCUGGCGCUGGGAUGAGCUGUGUGAGGCCAGCUGGCUGCUCCUCGCACUAGUGCAUCGCUGCCCAGCAGCCUGGGACAGACUGCAGGGUGUUUUUUGGGGACUUGGGUUUCAAUGGCCACCCGGACUAGCAAGAAGCAAGGACUGCUUAUAUGGACAGCUCGUUUUUAUGGUGUGCGGAGUCGGCUUUGUAGUGGGAUGUUGAAAUAUGACACAAUGCCUGUUUGUUUGCAAUAGCUGCAACCCUCGUAGCAGAGAUUCAAGUGGGAGACAGAGAGGGAAUCCAGAGACAAACCAGCGGGGGAUUUAGGAACUGUGACGCCGUGUCCUCUCUCCUAUGCCGGAGCAAGCAAAGGAAAGAGAGGUAGAGGAAAAAAGACUGAGCCUUGCAAGAGCCGUCACCCUGACGAUGUGUCAGUCAAACACCCUGCAGGGACCAGAGCUCCACACAGGGAAAUGGUGAGAUGCUACAAAGCUUUAUCUAACCCUCCACCCUCUUGCUACAACCUCCGCAAAGUUAAAAUUCAUGUCCGGAGGCUGCGUUCAGGGAACGGCGGCAGCAGCAGCUGUGCCGGGGACCAGCACCCGCAGCUGGGGAGUCCAGGCCCGCCUGGCUCUGCCAGUGGGACACCAAGUAGGAGAACUCGUUUCAGGUUGCAAUUCCCCCAGCUGGCCCUGAGGCGAAGGUUGGGCCAGCUGAGCUGUAUGUCUAGGCCUGCUCUGAAACUCCGUUCUUGGCCUCUGACUAUUCUCUAUUACCUUCUGCCUUUCGGUGCUCUUAAACCCUUGACCAGAGUGGGAUGGAGGCCUAUGAGCAGGGUUGCCCUGUACAAGUCGGUCCCAACUCGGCUGCUGUCCCGAGCCUGGGGUCGCCUGAACCAGGUGGAGCUGCCCACGUGGCUGCGGAAGCCGGUGUACAGCCUGUACAUCUGGACCUUCGGGGUGAACAUGAAGGAGGCAGCUGUGGAGGAUCUGCAUCACUACAGGAACCUCAGCGAGUUCUUCCGCAGGAAGCUGAAACCACAGGCGCGGCCUGUCUGCUGCGUGCACAGUGUGAUUAGCCCUUCUGAUGGAAAGAUCCUUAAUUUUGGACAGGUAAAAAAUUGUGAAGUGGAGCAAGUAAAAGGAGUUACUUAUUCUCUGGAAUCUUUCUUGGGACCUCGCGUCUCCACAGAGGAAAUACGCUUUAGUCAGGCCCCAACUGGUAACUCUUUUCAGCAACAACUGGUCACAAAGGAGGGGAAUGAGCUCUACCACUGUGUAAUUUACCUUGCACCAGGGGAUUAUCACUGCUUCCACUCACCCACAGACUGGACAGUGUCACACCGACGGCAUUUCCCAGGCUCUCUGAUGUCUGUCAAUCCUGGAGUUGCUCGCUGGAUCAAGGAGCUGUUCUGCCACAAUGAACGGGUUGUCCUUACAGGUGACUGGAAGCAUGGCUUUUUCUCUCUGACAGCUGUAGGAGCAACAAACGUGGGCUCCAUCCGCAUCUACUUUGACCAGGACUUGCACACGAACAGUCCAAGUUACUCUAAAGGUUCCUACAAUGACUUCAGCUUCAUAUCCAACAACAACAAGGAGGGAAUUCCCAUGAGGAAAGGAGAACAUUUAGGGGAAUUUAACUUAGGCUCUACGAUUGUACUAAUCUUUGAGGCACCCAAGGACUUCAAAUUCAACCUCAAAGCUGGACAGAAAAUCCGCUUUGGAGAAGCACUGGGCUCUCUAUAGGAACUAUCUUAGCAAGAAGAUUUUCUAUAAAAAUGGACUCUUUUCACACCACUGAGUGUUUCACUUACCAAGUUUGUAUCACUCAGCAGGACCUGGGUGAGGAGAAAAAAAAAAUGUCACUACUGCGUUAAACUUGAAAGUAUGUGAUCUGCAUUUACCUGCUCCUGAAUGUAGAAACUGAAUGGAAUGAUCAUGGAUGUAUUGGGUACAGCUGCCUUUAAAGAUGUUACCCAUGGUGGUAUCUGGCCCACCCUGUGCCUGCAGUCUUUCUCCCCGAAUGUGCCACAGGAUAAUUGUGUUCUUAGAGCCUCUAAGUCCCUUUAAAGCCUUCCUAGGCAGGUGCAGUGGGACAGGGUGGAGGUAGAGAUUACCUGUAUUUAAAGGGACACUGACAGGCUGAGUCAGACCUUGUACCUUGUAUCUGCAGUAUCUGUUUUUCAGACCUUGAGUAAAGAAUAUAUUCUCAUAUUUAUUUUAUUCUAAGAAACUCUGCCCAAAUUCUUAGAUAAAAGCAGUCUCUGAAUGCAGAGGGCCAAACAGUGAAUUUGCUGGUGUGGCUUCAUGGCCCAAACAAAGCAAAAUGUACAGCAGUCAGUCAGUACAAUGAGUGACACUCAUCCUGAGUUUUGUACUAUGAGACAACUUUAGUUCUUUUGUCUGACAUUGUCCCUUUGAAAAUGGACUUUGCAUUGUAUUUUAAACCUGAAAACAGUGUCUACAUUCCAGACAACAGAACUUGUCAUCUUGCGAUUUUCUUUUUUUUUUUCUUUCCAAGACAGACAAAUAUCUGUGUCCUCUUCUACUCCAUCAGUUUAUUUUGCUAUUCCAGGCCUUAAAGUUUUUGUCUUUAGGACAGACAAUUCACCUCUUACAUUAAGAAGACACGGCAUAUUUUUCUUGGGUGAUGUGAUGGCAACUAAAGUAUGUUUUAACUUUCUGUUAUAUAUCUUGUUACUUUGUCACUAAAUUUUUGAGGAAUUAGUUCCUCCCUUACAGGACAGCUUCUUCAGCUACUUGAGGACCAAUUUUUAUUGCACAGAGUGAAAUGCCCUAUGCACUGACUGUGUUUAAAAUAUUUAUGGAUCUUUAAAGAAAUACCCUGUUGCUUCCCAGGUGCCAAUCUGGUCCUCCCUUGACUGGCAACAACUACAUCUUAUUCAAAAUACAGAACAAAACCACACUGGCUCUGACUUCUGCCCUCAUACUUAAUGCUAGGAAUGUGCUGGGGGCUGAAAUCUUUGUGCUGAAGCUUAAGCCACUGUAAAAUUUUAGAGCCUCUUUGUGACUUCAUAUCAAGAAGAGUUAAAAUUUAACACCUUGGAUCUACUGCAUGUGGCAGUGACAAAAACCACUGCCACAGUGAAGAGGAAUUGAGUUUAAAAGCAAUGUAUCAAUUGGUUGUUUGAGAAUAAACUGUUUCAAGUCCCAGCACUCAAGCAUUUAGAACUGAUUUUGCUGUCCAGAGCUUGUUGGAGUGGACACGCUUACGAAACCUGCCUUUGUGCUUUCUGAAAAAUUUCCCAUACUACUUCCUUGCUUGAGCUACUUUUCUGCUACUUCAAGGAGAUGACAGGCUUUAACCAGCUCUGAUCCCCAAAAGAAACCCUUCUUUGUAUGCACUGCAGAAAAUAGAAUAUAAUUUUGUUGUACAAAUGUCCAGUUUGCCAAGUGCUGUAUGCUUAGCUUGUCAUCAGGAAGGAAGGGAUGAUAAACUGCCUCUAAGUGAUGUAGCCCAGGCUUGAGUCAGAUGAGGGUGGCUGUUUGGGUGACAAGCAGGAGAAAAUUCAUUUGGCUCCAGGAGUCAGUGUUUCCUCACUUUACACAGGGAGGAGUUUGAAAGCUUGAAGUGGCUCUCAGCCACCUAUCUUGUUAAAACUUCUUGGCAUUAGCAAGUUUACUCCUGCAGUAGUAUAGCACCAGAUACAAGUCUUUUUAAACCUUUGAGAGUGAGAAAAGAGUAAAGCAAAUAUCAACCCCAAGAGGAUGAAGUUAGGGUGAGCUUUUUGAUUAAACUUCAGUGUCAUGUUAACAAGAGAAAGCAAAUUUGUUCCAGUGGAUGAGAGAAAAAGACAACUGAAUCUUUUCCUUCUUUUCCACUGGAGUCUGUGACGUCCAGACAGAACCAAAGGAAGUUUAAGCUUUAAUUUCCUCCUACUCAGCAGCAUCAUCCACAGUAUCUGAAGGUAAAUACUGUCCUAGUGAUGGAGGAUGGGUUGCUUGAUGUUUGCUUUAUUAGACACCUCAGAAGGAAGGGAGGAUUCAGCAUGCAAGUGGCUGUUUUUAUCAUGGUUUUAAUACUGUGCAGAGCGAGCUAAAAAACCAACAUUGCUUGUGAUGCAGGGGCCAGCAACGCACCCCAGGAGUGAAAACAAAGUUCCUUGAGGGUACUGAUAAUGCUGUGAAUUUCUCCUGCAUGGAGAAUCCAUUUAAUUCAACUGUAUCAGUAGCACGGUAUUUUUGUAUGUCAAAGUGUAUGACUUACUGACAUGAACUCAUUUAAUUGCAAACAUUUUGAAAUAAAGAGUCUUAUCUGUGUUGCUUA